GAGACGGUGGCAGUGAACCAGCCAGCGUCCUUUGCCGUGCAGCUGAACGGGGCGCGUGGCGUCAUCGAUGCCAAAGUGCACACGCCUGCAGGGGUGGUGGAGGAGUGUUAUGUGUCCGAGCUGGACAGCGACCGGUACGCGCUGGGGUUCCUGCCACGUGAGAACGGAGUCCACUCCAUCGACCUGCGCUUCAAUGGGCGCCACGUGCCCGGGAGCCCCUUCAACAUCCGCGUGGGCGAGCAGAGCCAGGCCGGGGACCCUGGGCUCGUCACUGCCUUUGGGCCGGGCCUCGAGGGUGGCCGCACAGGGGUGCCCUCUGAGUUCCUGGUGCAGACAGCCAAUGCAGGGGCAGGAGCACUGGCUGUCACCAUUGAUGGACCCUCCAAAGUGGAGCUGGACUGUACUGAGGUCCCCGAGGGCCACCGCGUCACCUACACCCCAAUGGCCCCUGGCAACUACCUCAUCUCCAUCAAGUAUGGGGGCCCCCAUCACAUCGUGGGGAGCCCCUUCAAAGCCAAGGUCACUGGCCCACGGCUGUCAGGCGGGCACAGUCUGCACGAGACCUCGACAGUGCUGGUGGAGCCGGUGGUGAGGGCAGGGUCGCGGGGCCCCCCUGCCUUUGGGGGUGUCACCAAAGCCCCAUCGGAUGCUGGGCAGGUGGUGGCCCGGGGGCCAGGGCUGGCAACCGCCCGCCUGGGCCACAAGAACCACUUCACUGUGGACUGCAGCAAGGCCG